CGCGCCAUGUGGUACAUCAUGCAGAGCAUUCAGAGCAAGUACUCGCUGUCCGAGCGCCUUAUCCGCACCAUCGCCGCCAUCCGCUCCUUCCCUCGGGACAACAUGGAAGAUCUCAUCGGCCGGGGCGCCGAUGUGAACUGCCUGCACGGCACCCUCAAACCCCUGCACUGUGCCUGCAUGGUGGCUGAUGCCGACUGCGUGGAGCUGCUGCUGCAAAAAGUAGCUGAGGUGAACACCCUGGACGGCUACAACCGGACAGCCCUUCACUAUGCAGCAGAAAAAGAUGAAACCUGCGUGGAGAUUUUAUUGGAGUACAGAUCAACCCCCUUGGACUGGUGA